GCCUGCGGGACGGGAGCGGCGGCCCGGGAGACUGCCAGGACAGUGUUGUGUGGCGUUUUGGGCAUGCUCAUGGUACUCACGCAGUGGCUUCUGUUCACCGAUAGAUGAGGACAGAUGCACCAAAGAGGCUGAUGGCAGCUGCCCUGUAGAGGUCCCUCUGCGUUCAGACCCAGAUGAUGCCAGAGCUAUGAGCGGGCCUGCAGGCGUGGCGCCGAGGGGAAGUCAGCCAUGGAGCAGCUGCCGGGGGAAGCCCCUGAGAUCCGGGAAGAGGAGGAGAAAAAGGAAGUGGCAGAGGCAGAAGGAACCCCAGAACUCAAUGGAGGACCAGAGCGCUCUCUUCCUUCCAGCAGCUAUACAGACCUUUCCCGGAGCUCCUCGCCACCCUCCCUGCUGGACCAGUUGCAGAUGGGCUGUGACGGGGCCUCGUGUGGCAGCCUCAACAUGGAGUGCCGUGUGUGCGGGGACAAGGCAUCGGGCUUCCACUAUGGUGUUCAUGCGUGUGAGGGGUGCAAGGGCUUCUUCCGUCGGACGAUCCGCAUGAAGCUGGAGUACGAGAAGUGCGAAAGGAUCUGCAAGAUCCAGAAGAAGAACCGCAACAAGUGCCAGUACUGCCGCUUCCAGAAAUGCGUGGCCCUGGGCAUGUCACACAAUGCCAUCCGCUUUGGCCGGAUGCCAGAGGCUGAGAAGAGGAAGCUGGUGGCGGGGCUGACGGCAAGCGAGGGGAAUCAGCACAACCCACAGGUGGCUGACCUGAAGGCCUUCUCCAAGCACAUCUACAAUGCCUACCUGAAGAACUUCAACAUGACCAAAAAGAAAGCCCGCGGCAUCCUCACCGGCAAGGCCAGCCACACGGCGCCCUUUGUGAUCCACGACAUCGAGACACUGUGGCAAGCAGAGAAGGGCCUGGUGUGGAAGCAGCUGGUGAACGGCCUGCCCCCCUACAAGGAGAUCAGCGUGCACGUCUUCUACCGCUGCCAGUACACCACGGUCGAGACCGUGCGGGAGCUCACCGAGUUUGCCAAGAGCAUCCCCAGCUUCAGCAACCUCUUCCUCAACGAUCAGGUGACCCUUCUCAAGUAUGGUGUGCACGAGGCUAUCUUCGCCAUGCUGGCCUCCAUUGUCAACAAGGAUGGCUUACUGGUGGCCAACGGCACUGGUUUCGUCACCCGGGAGUUCCUGCGGAGCCUCCGGAAGCCCUUCAGUGACAUCAUUGAGCCCAAGUUUGAGUUUGCAGUCAAGUUCAAUGCCCUGGAACUUGACGACAGUGACUUGGCUCUCUUCAUUGCGGCUAUCAUUCUCUGUGGAGACCGGCCAGGCCUCAUAAACGUGCCCCAGGUGGAGGCCAUCCAGGACACCAUCCUACGUGCCCUCGAGUUCCACCUGCAGGCCAACCACCCCUACGCCCAGUACCUCUUCCCCAAGCUGCUGCAGAAGAUGGCCGACCUGCGGCAGCUGGUCACCGAGCACGCACAGAUGAUGCAGCGCAUCAAGAAGACCGAAACGGAAACCUCGCUGCACCCCUUGCUCCAGGAGAUCUAUAAGGACAUGUACUGAGGGGGCGGGCCGCUGGAGCUGGGACAUAAGUCACCCACAAGACUUUUCUGGACCGCAGCCUCCCUGCUCCUGCGCUCAGACACACGGCCUCCUGCUCCCCGCUUUCUCUGCCUCCCCUUCUUCACCUGCCUCUCUCUCAGAUCCUCUUUCUUCUCUGAUUUCCUUGCUCUCCCUCGCUCUCUCUUCCUGCCUCUUCCUUCCUCCCUUGCCUUCCUUUCUCUCUCUCCCCAUCCCCAUGUCUGUCCCCCUUUCUCUUUGUGAGAGACAGUUUGUGUUACUUCACCAGCAGCAUGGAACAGGUCCUCUGCUUUCGUCCACCCCGUCCCCUGUUCCCCAGGAGCCGGGGGGAAUGGGCCUGCCCUUUGCAUCAACAGUCACCUGCAGGGGUGGGCGCCUCCCUUCUCCUGUCUGCACAGCAAAGGACUCGGGCCAGCCAAAGAAACACUAAGCUCUCUAGGCCCAGCUUCCUGGGGAAGCCAUGCGGGGCCUGGGCUGAUUGCAGCAGUGGACCCCGAGUCACCGGGGCCCUGCCCUGAGGGCCAGGAUGCCUCCCCCAGACUGUCACUGCCCUCCCCUAUCCAGCCAACCCCUCUCCAGCAACACACCCCAGCAACACUGAUAGCAACACCCUCUCUUCUUUUCACCAGUUUGCCAGGCCAGUGUCACUGAUGGUCCCCUGCGCUGGCCGCCAGGGGACACCCCCAGCCUGGAAGGAGACGGGCUUCCCCCCACUGAAGAGGAGCAAGCCUCAAGGGAGGUGGAGGUUGGCCAAAAAGGCAGCAGGCGGUGGACUUAAUUCUGAGCCCAGGCCUGGGGGUCAUCGGCACCCCCUCUCCUACCACUCUGCAGCAGCCACCAACCACGACUCCUGUUUCUCAGGAGUUCCUGGGCCUCAGCUUCAACCAGGAGCCCCAAUGAAGCUCACGCACCUCCCCCCGCACGCACACACAACACUCCAGCAUACACAAGCACUGAAUCACUUUACCUGGUUCUGCACCCCUCCCUUCCCUUCCCCGAGGCAGAUGGGCCAGAGGGCCCUGCGCAGGGGUGUCCUGCUGAACCAGCCCAGCACCUGCACAGUGGGGAGGUGCCCGGGGUAACUGAUCCCGCUCAGUGUGACAUCCGUUUGUCCCAACAGUCUUGCUACCCUCCCCUUCCCUCAGCCCAGCCAGUUUCUGGGAACUCCGCCUACACAGCCUCUGGUGACCCUAGGACCUUGCCAGGCCCAGUCCCACUUCUCUGGCCCUCAGGUCUGCCCUUCCCCUCCUCCCAGGUGAAGUACUCGGCCUCAGGGGAGGGACUGAAGCCCAGUUUGGAUGCUGUAUCUGAGUAGGAAGUCAUAGAGCCCCCACCCCGACCCCAACCUGCUUCUCCAGGAAGGAAACUGUCCUGGAAGGGUCAGGGACUGGUGGAGGGUCUCUGAGAAAGGUUAGGAAAGACCUGAGUUUAGAGUCCUAUCCGUCUGUCCCUGCCUUCCAGGCCUCGGGAUCAUUCUCUACUGACAAGAUUCUUCUCUCUCCCACCCCCACGCUCAGCUGACCAAGGAUUGGGGUUGGGGUGCUCCCUUUGAGCCAGCGCUGUGAAGGGAGGGAUACUGUGCCUGCCCCCGCCCGCCACCCGCCACCACG